UGACUGAUCUUCCUCCGCCAUUUUGUUAGACGCGGCACUUUAUUUGUUCGACCUUUUGAAGUCGCUGAAAUCAGUCUUGCACACUUCCCACAUUCGAUCUAUUUACAAUUACCCCAGAAUGCUGACCGAAGAGCAGACCGACUUCAGCACAGAUGAGUUUCCUGAGGGAUCGAAAAUAAAUGCUAGUAAAAACCUGCAGGAUGACGGGAAAAUGUUUAUUGGUGGACUCAGCUGGGACACCAGCAAGAAAGACCUUGCUGAUUAUCUAUCGAAGUUUGGGGAAGUCUUGGACUGCACCAUUAAAACAGAUCCUAUGACUGGACGCUCCAGGGGAUUUGGAUUUGUGCUCUUCAGAGAUGCAGAGAGUGUUGAUAAGGUGUUAGAGUUACAGGAACACAAGCUGGAUGGGAAACUAAUCGAUCCAAAAAGAGCCAAGGCAAUUCAGGGUAAGGAGCCCCCCAAGAAAGUGUUUAUUGGCGGUUUAAGUCCGGACACUUCUGAAGAUCAGAUCCGGGAAUACUUUGGAGCUUUUGGGGAAAUUGAAAACAUUGAGCUUCCCACAGACACUAAAACAAACGAAAGGCGAGGUUUCUGCUUUAUAACAUACGUUUCAGAGGAGCCAGUUGAGAAACUUCUGGAGAACAGAUAUCAUGAAAUUGGAUCAGGAAAGUGUGAAAUCAAAGUUGCUCAGCCCAAAGAAGUGUACAGGCAGCAACAAAACAGAGGAAACAGGGGCUUUGGAGGAGGGCGAGGAGGUGUCAGAGGCCGAGGAAGAGGAGGACAGAGUCAAGGCUACAAUCAAGGAUACAACAACUACUAUGGCCAGAACUAUGGAGGCUAUGGAAACGGAUACAACCAAGGCUAUAAUGGAUAUUCUGGCUAUGACUAUUCUGGGUAUAAUUAUCAGAAUUAUGGAUAUGGACAAGGCUAUGAUGAUUACAAUGGUCAACAGAGCAGUUAUGGCAAGGCCUCACGGGAUGGUGGAAACCAUCAGAAUAGCUACCAACCAUAUUGACAUAGCGACUUUACGUUCAUAUUAAUGGUAAGGUUAUAUCUUUGCUGCACUUUGAUCCAACUUCAAUGUUAAAGAUCAAUAGACACCUACUAUCCUAAUAGCAAAAGGGAUAUGCAUAUUAUUGCACCGCAGUUAAACAUGUCUAUAGAUCUUUAAUUGCAAAUGUUUGUGUAGCCAUUUUGCCUUUUUAGCAUGACAGAAAAACGUAAGUGUUUUUCUGUAGGUUUCCUUCUCCUCCUACUUUUAACAGGUGAUCAUAAAGGAAUAACAUAGAGACUUGAUAGCAAUGGUAACAGGUAAAGUACUGCUAAGGGGUACAGAGUAAGGACGCCUCUCCUUAUUUUUCUUUUCUUUCCCUAAUUCUGAUUAUUGUACCUUGUUUGUACCUGCCAGCGGGGACUUCAUUGCAGGCCGUGUGUCCCCUGACCACGACAUUCUCUGGGCGUCGCACAUAGCGGGCAGAGAGCACGGCAUGCACAAGAAAACGCUGUCCAGUGGUAUGGUCUCUUCAAACUUCCUGUACCAGCGUAAAAAAAGUCAAAGGAGAUUCCCCCAUUUUCCUUAAGUUGUCGGUUUUCUUUAACAUUUUAAAAUGUGUUUUUUACAGGUAUUUAUUAAUGUAACCUAAAAGUGAUUGAUAACUGCUUUGUUGUACUCUCUUUUUCAAUUUUAGUGCUCUUGUACUUCAGUUGUGGAGCUUCAAUGAUUUUGAUUUAUGUUGGUUUCUUCCUUAAAACGUCACCUCCCUUGUAAAUUGUAUAAACUCAUAAUGCUUGCUUUUUAUCUUUAGAGCCCAUAGCGAACUUCAAAUGGGUACACUUCAAGUCUUGUCCUUAAACAUAGGUUUUAAAGAUCAUAUGUAAAGUUGGUUUUGAAGCCAUUAAAAGCUGAUGAAAUCUGUGUUAGACAGAUGCAAAAUAUUGGCUAUAGAUAUAAAUCACAUCUCUAAAUUUUAAGGAGAAAGCAUUUGGAGUGACUCCUUAAUGGUGUUCAUCAACUAACCUCAUGGAGUCAAAGCUUUUGCUGGCUUAUAAACUGUAUUAUGUGAAUCUAAAAGUGAUUAUCAACAUAUGAUCUUUAAUUUUUAAUGGUGAUUUUCCUAGUUUAAAAUCAACAGCUCAAGAAGUUUAACAAACAUGGACGUGCUUUUUUACUGUUGAAAAUCAGAAUAAAUCAUGGCGUGUUUUUCUCUUGUAGGUCGGCAGGCUGAUUUGAGCAUUUGACUUUGUUCCCUGGAGGCAGCUUGUGGAUUCCUGUCCCUAAACAACUAUAAAAAUGUUAUUUGGUCCUCUUGAGACAAAUUCUGUGUCCAACCUUGUAAAUAGUGCAGUGUUUUGUUUCUAAGUUUGCCUUAUUCUGUGCUUCAUUCAUAUAGAAUAUGUAGGUUUUGUGCUGAUGUGUUCUUAAAUGUUAAGUAGGAAAGUCAUUUGUUUUGUAUUUUAGUUUUUUCCUGCAGUUUUUGGAUAAAGGGAUUAAAAAUGGGAAAACGUU